AUGCCAAACGUAACACCACUCUUCAAAAAAUAUGUUUCUGUCUUUUCUGAAAACUCACAGGGCGAUUCUGCAGCCAAAACUGGACAAAACCCAAAGGACCGCCAGAAGUACAUGAUUCAAGACUCCUUCAUUAAAGAGUGUCUGGAGGUACUCAAACAUGUUUUUGAGCUUCAAAAAGUCGUGGACUCGAUCCGGACACAAUACCAGAGUGAGCUGGAUCUCACAGACCGCGAAAAAGAUGACUUCGAUACUGAAGUGCGUUUGCUGAUACAGCAGUACUUUGAGAAGCUCAAGUUUUUAGAACAGUAUGAAAACAAACGGCAGGAAAUGAUAGAAAAAAAGUAUCUGGAGGACCCGCGAGGCGAAAUUUCUUCUUUAUUUCGGACCAGAGACGAAUCUUUGAUACUCUUCCACGCUACGAACAACAAGCAUAGACGUGGAAUCUUACAAUCUCUGAAUAUGAUAAUAUCGUCCAUUUUCUCCGACAUAUCAAAGAUGCAACAACACAGAUUAUCACGCCAGCGGGAAUUGGACUCCAUAGACUUCAACGCCCAACUGUACAAUCCAACACAUGCCGUAAUCAGGUCUGUCUCUCAGCAUCCCACGGUUGCAACAACCGAAGAGGAAGUACGUCAGUAUCAAGAGACCGUGGGCAAGUUAUCUCAGGAGCAAUUGCAAGUCUUGGAAACCGAACAUGACGAACUCCUGAAUAUUAAAACGCAAGAGCUUGAAAAAGUUGAAAAUUUGAGUAAGACGAUGGUACAGAUCACUUCUCUACAAAAUGAAAUAGCAUCGCAUCUCCAAUCCCAAACGCAAAGCAUAUACUCGCUUCUUGACAAUCACGACGACAUAGAACUGGACAUUGUACAAGGUAACCGGCAGUUAAAGAAAGCUCAAAGACACGGCGGAAAGUCUGCUAAACUUAUAGUAUACCUUUCAAUUCUCUUUGGCAUUUUGAUUGUUUGUCUUGACGUCAUCAACUAA